AUGCUUGAUAAAUCGCUGCCUAAGCGCACUGUACGUGCCCACCCCUCCGACAAGCCGUGGAUGACACCGCGUAUAAAGCAUGAAAUAAAAGCUAGGCAAAAGGCGUUUAAAUCUGGAGAUAUAACAAGGUACAAACUAUUAUGUGACAAAGUUACCUCACUUGUAUCAAAUGCGAAAAAGAAUUACUAUCAACUAAAAGCAGAGGGUACACGCGAAACGAAUCCGGCAAAGUGGUACAAAACCAUAUUUGAUCUUGCUGCCGCUAAUGACUGUAACUCUCAACCACCAGCUGAUGCAGAAGACUUAGCGGAACGCCUGCAACAAAGCUUCACCAAACCAUGGCAGAAUGCCAACCCCACUGAAAUUCCGGACGUUGGGGAAAUUGAACACCUACUUAAGAAUGAUACCAGUCCCCCGUUGCCUUCCAUCGGACAAAUUAAGGCUACCCUUAAACAUCUAAAACCCAGGAAGGCCACUGGCUCAGAUGAGAUCCCUCCAUGGUUACUGAAACGUUACCAUGAAGAACUUGCCCCUGUUAUUCAUAACAUCAUAUGCUCUAGCAUCUCCCAGGCUAAAUACCCAACCCUAUAUAAACAUGCAUUGGUCACCCCAGUGCCUAAAAUAUACCCUCCUAAUGACAUGGAUAAUGAUUUUCGCCAAAUCUCAGUAUUACCGCAAUUGGCUAAAGUCUUAGAAAGCAUCCAACUUAAAUUAAACAAAGGGGACCUUAAGAUCAAGGACAAUCAACAUGCAUUUACACACGGUAGAUCAACUGUAUCUGCACUGGCGAGCAUCAUCAAGACUGAAAACUCAUGUGAUGGAAGAAUGGGUAUCCACGCCUUAUUUAUUGACUUUUGCAAAGCAUUUGAUCUGGUGGACCACGGAUUGCUUUUAAAGAAGCUCGCCAAAAUGAACGUGUCGAAAAGCUUCUGGCUAUGGACACGGAGCUUUCUAGAAGGGAGGAGUCAGCAAGUAAAAUUACAAGGUGCUCUGUCAUCUAUAAGGCCUUGCCCUUCCGGAGUCCCCCAGGGAUCUGUUAUAUCACCAACAUUGUUUAAUGUUCAUGUGGAUGACCUCGAAGACUGCAUUCCCAGUUAUCUGGACAUCAAUACGCACAAAUGCGCAGAUGACUGCACUCAAGAUGAAGUGAUUCCAUACGGUUCUACUAGCAACAUGCAAGAGGUGCUCGAUGCAAUAAACGACUGGGCACAUAGAAACAAGAUGAAACUUAACGCGAAAAAGACGAAAGACAUGUGGAUCUGCUUUAAAGCUGCAAUUCAAGAACCACCACAUCUUAAAAUUGGCGAUGAUACAAUUGAAAGAGUAAAGUCAUUCAAGUUGCUAGGUCUUUGGAUUGACAAUACCCUUAAAUGGAACACCCACAUUGACGAAAUUGCAAGGAGGGCAAACAAACGCUUAUUCUACCUACGAGUGUCGUCGAGCAGAUCUACCAACUAA